AUGGCUCUUCUACCUCCAAAUCCGUUGUUGGAUCACCUCCGCAAUUCCUUGGAACGAUCAUCCAGUUCGCUAUCACCUUCGGGCAGCCAGGAACUUCUGAGUCCGUUGGUUGUCGGCUCACCUACUGCCUCGCCGAUGGGUUCCUUCUCCAUCAAAAACUUCACGCCUCUGUCAACAUCCCAAGCGCCAAGAAUAUUCAUACCGCCAUCCCCACCGAAGACGAACGGAAAGGGUAAGGCACCGGACCUUUCAAUAUACGCCUGGCAGCGACUUGCUUUGCAAACGAGAAAAAAUAUGGAUGUUGUUGAUAAGAAGAGACGGAUAUCGACGAACGGAGGUCGGGCAAUAGCGUCUAUGAGUGACGGUCCAUCUCCAAUGAAGAAGAGGGCGCGCAAACGCCUGUCGAGCGAGUAUCGCCUGCCAAGGACGGAUAAAGACCUAGCAAAUCGUUUCAAAGAGGAGGCGUUCCUUCAAGUCAUCCGGAAUCACAUCAAGGUUCUAAACGCGUCAACACUCCAAAUGCCGUGGCACAUUUGGCUGGCCAUGAACCCAGAAAGCGAUGCUGCCGCGAUCUGGUUGGAACGCAAGUUCGACGUGCCGGAUUCAGGAACUUGGCAGAACGAGAACGUGCUUUCAAUACCUAUCUCUUCGGCUAAUGGAUCAGCGAAUGGAUACCCUGGUGUCAUUGUAUUUGAGUGCACGCCUUUGGGCGAUGUCACAGACAAUUUGGAGAGGCGCAUUACAUACAGGAAGUAUCGUGUCCUGGACGAUUAUGCCCGAAUGCGAGAGAUUAUUAAAGCUUUACCUCCCAAACGCCACUUUAUUCCUUCUCUUCUUGUAAUCUGCUGGACGGAGGGUGAACAGACUCCAGAAGAAUCUGAUUUCUUUGAUAUGGUUUUAUCCACCGCCUCUGCAAAUUCAAUUUUCUGUCGGAACUCAUUCGUCGCAGUCCCAUAG